AUGCCAUUAGGAGUUCGAGUAGGAAUCAUCGGUGGAUCCGGUUUCGAUCGGAGUGAUAUUUUAUCAAAUCGUGUUGAACAUGAAAUUGUUGACACGCCAUAUGGGCAACCAUCAGAUAAUUUAGUUAGUGGAACAAUUAAUGGUGUUGAAUGUGUACUAUGUUUUCGACAUGGACGUAAACAUUCUUUUAAUCCUACUCGACUUAAUUAUCGAGCUAAUAUUUGGGCAUUGAAACAACUUGGUGCUAAUUUAAUUUUGGCGACAACAGCUGUUGGUUCACUUGCAGAGAAUUUCACACGCGGUACUCUUGUUGUAUUUGACAAUUAUAUUGAUACGACAAAACAUCGAUCGAAUACAUUUUACGAUCAUGAACCUGGCCAUCUCGAAGGUGUAAUGCAUAUGAGUAUGCAUCCUCCAUAUGAUCGUGAAUUACGUCAAUUAUUAAUUCAAUCAUGUGCAGAAACACCUGGUGUUUGUUAUAAAGAUAAAUCAACUGUUGUAGUCAUUGAAGGUCCUAAUUUUUCUACUUACGCGGAAAAUAAAGUUUUUAUCAGUUGGGGUUGUACAACAAUUGGCAUGACACAAACACCGGAAACAAUUCUUGCGAAAGAAUUAGGUUUACCAUAUGCAGCUCUUGGUAUUGUCACUGAUGAUAUUUGCUGGAAAGAAGAUGGUAUUGUUGAGCCAAAUGAAGUUGUAACAAUAUUUAAGGCAACAUUCCCAAAAGCAAUGGAAGUACUGAAACGAACAAUUCAAAAAAUUGGUGAAAAAGACUGGACUGAGAUAUUAGAAACAAUACGAAAACGUACGGAAGAAGCAGUGAUGAAACAUUGA